AUGGAGGAGUUUCUGCACAAGGCAAAAAAAGGUUGGAUGACGAAUCCCAUGACUGAUGGGAGUGAGUUCAAUGCAUAUUGUGAUGUGAUGUGGAGGGUGCUGCCAGAUGAAGAGCGGAGACCGAAAGAACAGGAAAAGAACAUUCAGCGGAAGUUGAAACAGCCACCUCUAAGGGGGACACUGCAAAAGAGACCCAGCGAUGCAGACCGUGCAGACGCUAAUUGCGGUAAAACCUGUGACAGUAACCUGUUUAAUCACCUGUUGUGAAUGUUUAUCCUCAGACAGAACCCUGCUCCAUAGAGAGGAUAUAUCCCGGCAGGGGGAGAGAGUGGAAUUCUGACGGACGUGUGACGUCUAAAGACCUGCUGGGGAUGUGAUCAUACCAGACAUUUUUGACAACUGCCCAGACCAGGGAUGCCUCUGGCUGGAGCUGUGGUGGGGGGCCCCAGCCCAGACAAUGUAAAAGUGGUGGCUUACUACAGUGUGAUUUUUGUGGAUGAUGGAAAAAAGUUAAUUGUUAGUUUUAAUUUUAACCCUGUUAACCUUAUAGACCAAAAAGCCCAAUGUAGAAGUUACAUUCAAAUUUGGUGCUCACCGCAAGGUGUGCACGGAGACAGUUAUGGUUUAUAGUUUUAAGUAAAUAUUGUGACAUUAACAUUGUAACAUUUCUAUUCUGUUAGUUUUAUAAUGAUAAAUCUAAAUACAGCUGUGCUGAAUCCGCAUACACUCCUCACAGAUGUGCCACUUAGUGUAAAAGUAAUGGGAAGCUAUCAGGGGUCAAUAAGGGGUCAAUAGUAUUAACAAACGAACUCAGGAUCUGACUUUCACAGUGAUUCACACUGUGCAAGGGGGCAGAUGAUGAGACAAUUAAAACGACAUUUUUAGAAUAUGCUGACAAUAGUUGAUAAACUUUUGGGUCAUUGUGAUAUGUGUUUUUUAGAUGAAUUGAAGAGAAUAAUAAAACAGUAGCAGGACACUUUUCCAGUUCCAGAGAGACGCCUUUAGAAAUCUAUUCAUAGACAAUGUGGACAUGAUUAAAACUGCCAAGGGAUAUGUUACAUGUUUGUAAUGAUGACGGGUUCAGUCGAUGGAUGGAAGCAACACCAUCAAAAGAUCUUGGAGUCAAAAUAAAUCUUUCACUGCAUGAAUUGGUACAUCAUUUUGGGGAAGAAAGUUAAUCUCUCAAGUAAAUAUCAGAUCAGAGAAUUUGCACUAACACUAACCUAUAGGAAGAUGCUUUGCUACUUGCGCUUAUGAGCUUUCACAAUCAAAAGCACUGUGAUAAAUCUUUCACUGCAUGAAUUUCUAACCUACAGAGCUAUGCUUUACUGCGGCUAAACAAUUAAGCUUUUCGCUUGAGCAGCUGAAAAUUAGUGAAUUAAAUAUAUGAGGCAGCUAACUACGAUGCAAAGAUCUAUCAAUUAGCAGGAGGAGUGCCAAAAUCUGAUCCCAGUCAAGAGGUGGAGGCCAGUCGAGCCAGAGCACCAGGUGUACAUCAACGUCCUUUGAGGAGGGUGGCACAAUGAACGAGGAGAAGACCUGAACACUGUGGUCCUGGUGAACUCUACUUCAGUGCAAGAAGAGGGCAAAAUGAUGUGGCGUCAUCUACCGCUGACUGCCCAGGAAAAACAAGGGAAGUAUGACUUGAUAAGAGACACUCCAAGAAUGACUGUAGCACUCGUCCUGAAAGUAACUGUUUUCCUGGUGUUGCUGCUAAGGGAUAAUGUGUGGAGAGAGACCGAGAGAGAGACUGAUGACAACAAUGAGGGUGAAGGUCAAACUGGUGCCAGUACAGCUGUGAGAAGAAGAAGUGGGAUACAUUGUUAUCGCGGGUGA